AUGAAGGAGCGCAUCACCUUCAUCCACCCUCCAGGGGGCGAGCUUGAUCCAAAAGACUUCGAUGUGCAGCCUACCGGAUUGCUUGGCCCUACCAUCAACACCAUGCGCGAAGAUAGAUUCACUAUCCCUAUAAACGAGAUACCGGCCAAUUUUGCCUCUGUUCUGCGCGACUUCAGCUCUCUACAGGUUCGAUGGGCCAGCCCCCGGCAACAGAACACGAUAAGCCCGUUCAGCUCCCGCAUAUCGCCAGGAUUCCAUGUCUCUUAUACGUCAGCAAAACAAACGGACGUGGACCCAUCCAAAUUGUGCAGUCUGCUACAAGCCUUUGGACCAGUAGGAUGCGAGUCAAGAGAGGCCUUUACGGAACAUGAGCGCAAAUCACGCGAGACUACAACAGGGCUUUACUUCCAUCAGCACAUUGAAGCCCUGGAUGGUUUCAUGGCUUACUUCUCAACCACCUUCUGCACCAAGCUUGAUCCAGAAUGCGAAGCAAGAGUCAGAGGACUGGAUACUGCUGCCUCGCUUGAUAUAACAUACUCUGCAGAGGAGCAAGCCGUCAAAGUAACAGCAUUCUGGCCGCUGCGAAGCCAAAGCUUGGUAGCUGUAGCCGCUGACAAUAGACGUACCGAGGUUGGCAUCAUGGGCUUGGACGAGCCCGCAAAUAUGAAGCCGCAUGAGCUUGGUGUCUCGGGCACUCUUACUGUUCUUAGAGAACAUACAAAGCCAAGCGCGGUCUUCUUCGCCUUUCCGGCCCGACACAGAGCCAGCCCUGCAUCGUUCUCGUCGCGCUUUUUGUCGCCUACUGGAUUGCACCCGACGAUGCAACUUGGGUUCGACUCCAAUAAGCCGCCAGUGGAUGGAGACAGCUGCAAAAUGUACACAUACCUGACGCUGCCGAGGACAAUCUUCGCAGACAGAUAUCAGCUAGCCGAUGACCUGUUCCUGGCCUCCAAGAACCUGACCGCGGCUCCGUACUCGAGCCUCCCCGUCGAUCUCGAAGCCCCAGAAUACACUACUUCAGUUUGGGGAUCGACGGUCUUGUUGCAGCUCGCACCUCCUGCGAUGCGCGCGUUUCCCGAUGCGUGGACAGCGGAGGUGCCGCUCCACCUCCGCUACCUCAGACCGUCUGAGACAGGCAUUGAGGAUAUCGAGGUUCCAUUUCCCGCAGUGUUCUGGGCGUGCGGCCCUGUCAAGUCGGCCGAUUUUACGAAGAGCCCCUUUGAUAGGAUCCAUCUUGGAUAUGACGACCUGUUCGAGGAUGGGACUGUAUUUUGGCAUGUCUACCCACGCGGACACGGCGGGAACCGUGUCAUGGAAAGCCGGCUGACGAGCAGCAUCUCGGUCCCGGUUCUCAACGCCAGCGCGUCCGGGUGGGUUGAAACUGGUACUACGGUCGCUAUCUCUAUUGGAUUUGCGUGGAUUCUAUGGAAACUGCUGAGUGCGGUUUUGCAAUUUGGAUACAAGAGCAAUGCAACAGAUGCACCUGCCAGCAGCAGCGCAGCUGCGAAGAAGGAUGACAAGAAGAAGAAGCAGUGA